AUGGUGGUUUACUCCAUUCUGACGUUAAACACUGAUUUUGUAGGAAAUGGUGGAGCACCACAAUCCAGAAGCCCUUGUUGCAGCCGGGCAGCCAUUGUCGCACCAUCUCCGUCAUUAUCAAACUUGUCAGACAAUGCUCAGUCCCUGACCUCUUCCAGCUGCCCCCUGCAUAGAAGGCGUCUUAAUGUACCCUCAAACCCUCCCCUUCAUCAGGGCCUGGCUUCCCCCAUUAAAGAUGGCUAUACAGAGCUGUACCCUCAGAGCUACGUGGAGAGGCUCCAGACCGACGAAGGGCCAUUGAAUGCAGACCCACUGAGUUUAAAGGAAGGAAAUGUGUUCUUCUCUGCGGUUGUGGAGACGGUUUCCUGUUUCAAGCCUAGAAUGUACAAUUCACCACUGAUGCCAAAAGAAAACAAGCCCCUAGAAGUGAGCAUCCUGCGAAAGGUGAAGGAGCUGCUGGCUGAGGUCGACCCCAGGAUAGCAGCCAAACACAUCACCAAGACUGACUGCAUGGUGGCAAGAAUUUUGGAAGUAACUCCGGAGAUGAAAAGCAAGAUGGGAGUGGGUUCUGGGAUGGAGCUGCUGACGCUGCCACAUGGACAGCAGCUGAGACUGGACCUACUGGAGAGGUUUCAGACCAUGGCCACCAUGUUGGCUGUAAACGUGUUGGGCUGCACUGGAACGACGGAGGAGAGAGCCGCCCUGCUGCAUAAAAUAAUCCAGAUCGCAGCCGAAUUAAAGACAACCUUGGGCAACAUGUUCGGCUUUGCCGCCGUUAUGAGAGCGUUGGAGCUGCCGCAGGUGUCUCGUCUGGAGCAGACAUGGAUAACGUUACGGCAGCGACACACAGAGGGCGCCAUUCUCUUUGAGAAAACCCUGCGUCCGUUUCUUAAGGGCUUGAAUGAUGGAAGAGAAAGCUGUCCGCUGUCCAGUACUACCUUCCCCCACGUCCUCCCCCUCCUCACCCUGCUGGAGAAGAGCUCUGCAGUUGGAGACGGGACAGAGCCCUGGGAGACCGCAGAGGUCGGGGUGGAGGUGGUCAUGCUGCACCUGGCAGCAGCGAGAACUAUGGCUCAGCUGGGGGGGAUCUACAGCUCUAACUCUGAAGGCAGAUUACGGGGUUUCCAGGAGCAGGAAGGGGUUAAGGAGAUCUUCCUCACGGACUUCCAGAUGAGGCUGCUAUGGGGGAGCAGGGGAGCCGAGGAGGACCAGGUUCUUAGAUACUCCAAGUUCGACCAGGUGCUGACCGCCCUGUCCAACAGACUCGAACCGGCAACCAGACGACAUUGAUCCAAACCUUUGAUCAUAAACUGUGCAACAAGCUUUAAGUUAUUAAUUAUCCUGCUUCUAUGUAACUGACAUCAGUUCAUGUCAUCUUAAAUGUCCCACAUCAUUAUGUCACCAAAUGGAGGUGGGUUUUUUUUUUUCUUAUCUGAGCCAGUUUUUGUUUUUUUAUCCGAGCCUGCUUGAGGGAAACUUGUUCCAAACAGUCUAAAGAAGAGUGUGAACAAGCAGGGAAUGCAAAAUAACAAAGACCUGUAACUUUAUAUACGCCGUUCAAAAUGGUUCAAAGCACAAAUG